GAGCUGCGCCCCUGUUUUCGCCUGCCAGGCUGAUCCACGGGUCGCGAAAAUGCGCGUGGAAAAGUGCUAUUUCUGCUCGGGACCGGUGUAUCCCGGCCACGGGAUGAUGUUCGUGAGGAACGACUGUAAGGUUUUUAGGUUCUGCAAAUCCAAGUGCCAUAAGAACUUCAAGAAGAAGCGUAAUCCAAGAAAAACCAGAUGGACAAAAGCAUUCAGAAAAGCAUCAGGAAAGGAGCUGACAGUGGAUAACUCUUUGGAGUUUGAGAAACGCAGAAAUAUCCCUGUUAAAUACCAGAGGGAGCUGUGGGGCAAGACCGUGGUUGCUAUGAAGAAGGUGGAAGAAAUUAAACAGAAACGACAGGCAAGAUUUAUCAUGAACAGAUUGAAGAAGGGCAAACAACUAGAGAAAGAAGAGGUCAUCAACGAAGUGAAGAAAAAUAUUCACCUCAUCAAAGCACCACAUGCUGGCAAAGCCAAACAAAUGGAAGAAAAAAUGGUGCAGGAGUUGCAAAAGGAUGUGGACAUGGAGGAUGAUGACCUUUAAAUCUCAUACCCAAUACUUUUUUUUGUUUUUGUUUAUAUAUACAUUUUUGUUUCAUGGAAGUCAAGAACACGCUGACCUUGUACACAUUCCAGCAAUGGGUGGUGAUGCUUGCUCUGGAAUACACACUUUGUAGAACACUUCCCCCCCCCCCCCCCAAAAAAUAUUGUACCACAAACUGAUGUUUUAGCCCCUCAGUUUUGGGCUGUGAAUUCUCCAUUAGCAGCAACAGUUGGCUUCCAUGACUCUUAAUGAAUAAAAAUGUAGUAUGUAAUAUAGAAACUUUCAGCAUUUGAGAGAAAUUUCUGUAAAUAUUCCAUCUUUGCCAUUUUAUUCUGCUUUGGUUGAGAUCAUUAUUUAGCUCGAGUUGCAGACUGAUACAAAAAUAGCAAAAUUUAACCUGUUUUAAAACAAAAAAUAAAUGCUUUCCAUAAUGGGGUUUUUUAAGUGCUUAUUUAGUUGAGUGCUUAAGACACAUUUGAGUGUUACCAAGUCUACUUGGUAUGCAUGUAGGGAAUGUGAAUAUAUUAACAGCUGUGAUUGAUUAUUGGUGUGGGACAAGAAUUUAAUUAACCAUAACCUUGUUGGGACAUUAACACCACUGACUAGCUGUCACUGUGUAAAUUAGGUUUGGUGCACAAAAAGAUGUCAAAUCUUCAAUCCGCUUUUGAAACGCACAGCAUCACCUACCGACGGAGUCAACAAAUCUUUUUUCAUUGGGUUGUGAUAAUAGCAUUUGGACCAGACUAGCUGAUGGGAUUAGAUGGGCCAUCAGACACUUAAUGUAAGUGGAGGGCUUUGUUUAAUCGCAUAGCAACAAUGUGUAUAGAAAGUACAGAUUGUAGGUAUACGCUGGGUAUACAGGGUUACAUGCAUAGUUUUAGUCACAAAACCACCUGACGCAAGACAACACAUAAUUUUGAUGGUUUAUGUGAAGUAUCCAGAAUUUAUAUUGUUACAUUGUAAAAUAAUACAAAAUUGUUCUAUAUGUAAACUUAGAAUUAUGGAAAUAAAGUUUUGCCAUCAAGAUAUUAAUUGGAUAGUGUUGCUAAGAAUCAAUAAAGUAGAAAAAUAUUUGUCCUUUUGGUGAAUGAAGAGGUUACAGGUAAAUCUUCAGGCCCUGGCAUUUCUCUAAAUAUGAAAUGGAUUAAAGAUUCAGCCUAUCAGUCAGUGGGACGUUGGAUUUGUAGCCAUUUAACAUCAUCACAUUGAUUAACUGUCUAAAAUGACGAUCAAAUACCUUAUAAAUAUUGAUUUCAUGGAAAAUGGUAGAAUUGUGUUUU